AUGGUAUACUGCACUCUUCUCGCUACAGCUUUCGCUCUAUUCGCUGCGCCAGCCCGCGCGCAGCAGUGCACGUCCCCAACUCAAACCAUCGCCCUCUGCUGCGAAUCGCUCGGCAAAUUCAGCGACAACUCCUACGUCUGGACCGGCGUGUGCGGCAAGACGGGUGUCGCACCGGAUACACCUACCGCGUCGUUCUGCGGUGCUCCUGGGACGUGCUACGAUAACAUCAUUCCGGUUUGCUGCGAGUCAACGUUCGGUGAGGAUCUUUUUGAGGCGAUCGUGUAA